GAGCCAAAAUUUUAGCCGACCGCAACACAAUUGAACCCGUCUCGCCACUCAGUACUUAAGUACUUAUUCCUCUCCCGUCCAUGUUUUGCCAAUACACAGCUAGCAGAUUUGUGUAUGGCUUCAUUACACGAUCGCUCACGCUGUCAACACGUUGUAACGGUAGGCAUAGGCGCGUAUGCUGUACUCCAGUUUCGCACACCUCUUGCUUGCCGCCAUGAACAUCGCUGGUCCCUCCCGACCACGUCUGGUCCCUGGUCCAAGAGAAAGAAAUAACUAUGAGGAGGAUCUUACCCGUAUGAUCGCACAACUUGACCUUUCUGAUGUGGAGAGGUGGCAGACUUUAUACGAUACCAGAGUUCAUCGAGGAGAGGAUCUCACUGAUCGUGAAGUUGCUUUCGCAUUGUUGAUGCAGAGCGCUCGAGAACUUGCGGAGUUCAAUGCUGAUCGGGCACUUGCCCAGCAACUUCAAGAAGAAAAUGGAGAACCUGAUCCUGCGCCUAUGUCACAAAAUCCAGCUCAAGCUGCCACCAUUAUGACUAGGCCGGCUCCUCCUCGGUGAGACAUGUUACUACCUUUGAUAUUGUUACUGCAACUAUCAUACCAAGGGCUACCGGUCACGACUGUGUGAUCUGUCAGGAUCCUAUCUUCGGAGCAGAAGUUCGAGCACCAUGUGGUCAUUUUUAUGAUAUCGGUUGCAUUACCG